GAAAGAAAAGAAAGCAAAUUUAGCCUAAGCCACGCAUAACAUUGUUUAUAUUUUAUCCCAAUUAACUGUGCGUGAAGCUCUAGAAAGCAGGGGAUGGAGGUGGAGCCCCUGUUUGGUUUAUCGUUUUAAUUAGUCUUUUUCUUUUUCACAAAUGUGCAGCAGAAACUAGGUUUGGAGUAAAGAAAAAUGCGAGGGAUAUACAGCAUCGUUGCUGCUUGUUUCGCCAUCGCAGUUGUGGUAACAUACGCAUGGAGAUUACUAAAUUGGGCAUAUUUGAGGCCACAGAGGCUGGAGAAGAUCCUGAGGAAGCAGGGGCUGAAUGGUAAUUCAUACAGACCGGUGUCCGGUGACAUGAAGGAGAUGGUGAAGGCGAUGCAAGAAGCCAACUCCAAGCCCAUCAAUCUCGACGAUGAUAUCAAGCCAAGAUUGCAACCUUUUCUUCUCAAUACCAUCCGCAAACACGGAAAUGAGUGCUUUAUAUGGAAAGGCCCAACUCCUGUAGUGGUGAUCACAGAAACUGAGCUAAUCAAGCAAGUUUUGAACAAGCAUUCGGUUUUUGAGAAGCCCAGGGUAUUGAAUCCACUGGUGAGGAUGUUCUCGCAAGGGAUUUUCAGCCAUGAAAAGGAUAAAUGGAGCAAACACAGAAAAAUCAUCAACCCUGCUUUCCAUCUUGACAAGCUCAAGCUGAUGGUACCAGCCUUCCACUUGAGCUGCGACGAGGUUUUGAAGGAAUGGGAAAAGCGUGUCUCGCGGGAAGGGUGGUGUGAGUUUGAUGUGUGCCCUUAUUUGGAGAGCAUAACCAGCGACGCGAUUUCAAGAACCGCUUUUGGUAGCAGCUAUAAACAAGGGAGAAGAGUAUUCGAGCUUCAGCUCGAGCAAUCCGCCCUUAUUAUGAAGGCGAUGCAGUCGGUGUAUAUCCCAGGAUCAAGAUUUCUACCAACCAAAAGGAACAGAAGGAUUAAGCAGAUUUACGAAGAAGUGAGGUCUAAUAUCCGCGGCCUCAUCGAUAAAAGGAUCGACGCCAUGAAAGCAGGGGAAGCUAUCGAUGAAGACUUGUUGGGGUUGAUGUUGCAGUCGAAUCUUCAAGAAAUCGAAGAGAAUGGCAAUAGAAAGUUUGGGAUGACGAUUGACCAAGUAAUAGAAGAGUGCAAAUUGUUCUAUUUCGCGGGGCAGGAGACCAUUUCCUCGUUGCUGGUUUGGUCAUUGAUUUUGUUGAGCAGACAUCCAGAUUGGCAGGCGAAGGCCAGGGAAGAAGCCGUGCGCGUCUUAGGGGAAGAAAACCCGACUUUCGAUGCCAUAAAUCGCCUCAAAAUUGUGGGCAUGAUUCUGCACGAGGUGUUGAGGCACUAUCCGCCGGUGCUCGCUCUGGAGCGGAGCGUGAGCGAGGAGACCCAGCUGGGGAGGCUCACUCUGCCGGCGGGAGUUCGGGUGUCGUUGCCGAUCAUCUUGGCGCAGCACGACCGACGGAGUUGGGGCGAGGACGCGGCGGAGUUCGAUCCGGGGAGGUUCGGUGAGGGAGUGACGAAUGCGGCCAAGGGUGGUGGGGGUUUCUUCUUCCCGUUCGGGUGGGGGCCUCGGAUAUGCAUCGGCCUGAAUUUCGCGAUGAUUGAGGCCAAAUUGGUGCUCGCUAUGAUGCUGCGACGCUUCUCGUUCGAGCUGUCGCCGUCGUAUACCCACGCUCCGAUGGCCGCCUUGACGACUCGGCCGCAACACGGGGCUCAUUUGCAUUUACGCAAACUCUAGAUGGGAAGGACUCGCUGUCGCUAUUCAAAUGUGUGUUGACUUAACGAUAAUGUGGUUAAUAUAUAAAGUUAAAGGUUAUAAGUUCAAGUCCACAGUGAUAUUAUUUUUAAAUUUCUUUGUUUACUCGUUAAUUUAUUUAAAAAGUUGUGUAGGAAAAAUCUCUCCUAUUAUAAUAGGUGGAAGAAUUUAAGGAAAUAACUUGAGCUUUAUUGAUGCA